UAUCGGAGGUUGUGGUUGUUUCCGGCGCGUUGUGAUGACGUCAGAGGCUCGGAGCUAUGGAUGAGACAACAUGAAUAAAGGCUGGCUAGAGCUGGAGAGCGACCCAGGGCUCUUCACGCUGCUGGUGGAAGAUUUCGGUGUAAAGGGGGUUCAGGUAGAAGAGAUUUAUGACCUGCAGAGCAAGUGUCCGGGGCCGGUCUAUGGCUUCAUCUUCCUCUUCAAAUGGAUCGAGGAGCGACGUUCCCGCAGGAAAGUCUCCACCCUGCUGGACGACACGUCUGUCAUGGAGGAGGAUGUGGUCAACAACAUGUUCUUCGCUCAUCAGCUGAUCCCGAAUUCCUGCGCCACUCACGCCCUCCUGAGCGUAUUACUGAACUGCAGCGGCGUUCACCUGGGGCCGACUCUGAGCCGCAUCAAGGACUUCACCAAAGGCUUCAGCCCGGAGAGUAAAGGUUAUGCCAUCGGAAACGCUCCUGAGCUGGCCAAAGCUCACAACAGUCACGCAAGGCCGGAGCCGCGUCACCUACCUGAGAAGCAGAACGGGAUCAGCGCGGUCCGCACCAUGGAGGCUUUUCAUUUCGUCAGUUACGUUCCCAUCAAAGGGAGGCUGUUUGAGCUUGACGGCCUGAAGGUCUACCCCAUCGACCAUGGCCCCUGGGCGGAGGAAGAGGAGUGGACGGACAAAGCGCGUCGGGUGAUAAUGGAGCGGAUCGGCCUGGCCACGGCGGGGGAGCCGUAUCACGACAUUCGAUUUAAUCUGAUGGCCGUGGUGCCGGACCGGAGGCUGAAAUUCGAGAGCCGGCUCAACGUCCUGAAGAUGAACAGACAGACCGUGCUGGAGGCUUUACAGCAGUUGAUCCGAGUGACCCAACCAGAGCUCAUUCAGCCCAGAAGACGGCCGACAGUCAGAAUAACGAGGAGGACGAAGCCCAAUGCAAAGUCUACCUCCAACCCGGAGACGUCUCGUCCUAAUUCUCAGACUAACGCCUCAGAUGUGAGUGGGGACACCGCGGGAUCCACCCAGAAAGGACCCGCCCCUAAUACGUACAGCAAGCUAAAUGCCGUCCCUCAUAACGGGAGUGCGACCACUACGCAACCUCCCCGGCUUCCGGCUUUCUUGGACAACCACAACUACGCCAAGUCCCCCAUGCAGGAGGAAGAAGAUUUGGCUGCAGGCGUCGGCCGAACUCGAGGACUCCCGCCUCCCUCUCCGGACUCCGAUGAAGAAGAGGAGGCGGAGACCUCCACAAGACCGACAACUCUUCCUAGGUUCAAGAGAAGAAGUUCGGCCGCUCCCCUUCCCCCACCACCAACCGGGCCGGAGCUUCCCGCCAGCGUUCUGGUCGAAAAAUUAAAAGAAACUCAGCGAGAUAUGUGCUCCCCGCUCUCUAUAAAGACUGCGCCCCCACGGCCCCCCCAUUCCCAGCCGUCUCCCACCCCCAGCAACGAGAGCACGGACACCGCCUCCGAGAUCGGGGGAGCGCCUUCAAACUCCCCGCUGCGUUCGCCUCUGAGGUCCGCCACCCCCACCAGGCCCUCCAGCCCCGUCACCUUGCACCUCUCCAAGGUUCUGUUCGGGGAGGAUGAGCCUCUCUCGCGGUUGGAUAGCGUACGGUAUAACCGCGCGGUGCGGGAACUCGGGCCCCUGGUCGGCACUGGAGUUCUGCACCUCACCCGGGACGGGCAGCUCUACACGCUGAGCCGGACUGAUUCCGGGAAGGUUUCCCCAAAAAUCAAAGCUGAGGAAGGCAGCGAGAAUUCUGAUCCCCCGAGGGGGGAAAGGUUCUCACCAAAGGAGCUCUCUUUGUUAAAAUGUGUAGAAGCUGAAAUAGCCGCAUCGGAGGCCUCGCUGAGAGAGCUGGAGAAACGCAAAAAAAUUAAGAUCGAUGAUCAGAGAAGAACCCACAACUAUGACGAGUUCAUCUGCGCCUUCAUCUCCAUGUUGGCCCAGGAAGGCAUGCUGGCGAGUCUGGUGGAGCAGAACAUUUCGGUCAGGAGGCGGCAGGGGGUCAGCAUCGGCCGCCUGCACAAACAGAGGAAGCCCGACCGCCGCAAACGCUCGCGCCCGUACAAAGCCAAACGCCAGUAACCCCCCCCCCCCCCCCAAAACCCUUUUUAGAGGUACCACCCAGACAGACUGUCCUGACACUCCUGUAUAUGAUGUAUAUAAACCGUUUUUAUAAUUCCCCAUAUAUACUUGUCCCUCCCCCUCCCUCACAGGUAAUGUAUGGCACGUGCCCAAUGAUCUUUUCACACCCGCAUCAAUCAUGUGAUCUGCCUACACCUUACCCUCCCCCCCCCCCUCCUUUCCCAGUGUAGUCACCUAAUAUUCCUUAUCUGGGAUUUUCCAGGCUGGGAUCCCUCCAUGACAGUUGUCAGAAGACGGUUCCUCCGUGUCACUAGCUCCAUAUUACAAUCACUGUUGUCACGCUGCGGGCAGGACCCAUUUUACAAACUGUACAAUCACCCCACUGGCUGGAUCCAUAACCUCCUCAUGAUCAUGUCACAACUCUUCUACCAAUCACAGUACUUAUUGUGGAAUAAUAAAUGUUAUUCAAUUUA